AUGACACUUAUCCUGAAGAUUUCCGGAAACGGAAAUACAUCGAGUUAUGGUAACAGUAGUGGUUAUUAUGGUGAUGAUGACGUCAAGAUGAAGAUGAGUAGUAAACAGGGAUGGGCGGAUUGCGCCGAUGAAGUUCCGACAUCUUAUAAUAUGUUUAAAAACAUGCCGCUCUACGGUAUUAUUGUUAUCUCCAUCCUAAUUUUGCUGACUGCUACGACUUUCGGCCUCUACAUAGAGGAGAUAUUCUUCAUAUACAAUAAUUUCAAAAUUAGGACCAGAGCUACCAAAACCGUCUGGAUUCUUGGGUUUUUCCCGAUUUUUUCUUUUACCGGAUUGAUAGGAACCGUAGUACCGAGAUCCGGUCCGCUUGUUGACAUGGUUGCCAAUGUGUUCUUCGGCACCUGCCUGUACAACUUCGGCCAGCUGAUGAUAAACUACAUGGGCGGUCACAGACGGUUGUGGCAGAUGGUGGAGAGGGGCAGGGAACUCAAGUUGAACACCCUCCCUGUAUGUUGCUGUUGCGUCUGUCUGCCCGUUUCUCAGUUUAGUAGGCGAACUUUCUUCCGAAUAACGUUCAUGAUAAUGCAGGUGGCAGUUGUCAGGCCAGUCAUCAUGUUCGUGGCAGCCGUACUCUGGACUGACGGCAUAUACAGACCCGGAGACACGAGCUUGAACAACGGCUUCAUAUACAUAAUGGUGGUCAAUCUAAUUUCUACAAUGCUGGCCGUCUACGGCUUGAUGCUGACGAAAGGAGCCCUGCAGGAAAAUUUGCAAGAAAAAUUUUCCAUCACCGGAAAGAUAGCAAGUUUGCAGCUGACUUUGAUAUGCAGCGUCAUACCAAACCUCAUCAUCGGCAUCCUAGUUUCGAAUGGCGUCAUCACGUGCGGCCCACUGCUGACCUCCAAGGGAAGGGGCGAAGUACUCUACCAUAUGAUCCUUGUCUUCCUCAUGCUUCCAUUCUCCAUGAUGGGCCGCCAGUUUUACAGGAGGGCCUCGGACGGAGAUGGCUACGCGGAGCGAGAAAAACUGAAUGGAAAUAUUGACAGCGUAGAGAUGGGAUACAAUUAGAAGAAAUAAACGCGCAAGGCGCUAUAUAAAUGACUG